AUGAUCAACGCUGUUCUGGUCUUCAACGGCCAGGGUCAACCCCGCCUGACCAAGUUCUACACUCAGCUGGAUACCAGCAUUCAGCAACGUCUCAUCAGCGAAAUCUUCACCCUCGUUUCUAACCGACCCGACGGUGCUUGCAAUUUCCUGCCGCUCCCUCCCAUCCUCGCCGCCUCUGGCACUUCACACUCGGCCUCAGAACCGCACAAUGACGUCCCGUCUCUUGUCACCUACCGCAACUAUGCGACACUCUACUUUAUAAUCAUCUCCACGUCGACCGAAUCGCCCCUUGCCCUACUGGACCUCAUUCAGGUCUACGUCGAGUCCCUUGACAAGUUGUUCGAAAACGUCUGCGAGCUGGACUUGAUCUUCAACUUUGAGACCCUUCACGCGGCAUUGAGCGAGAUGAUUGUAGGAGGAGUAGUCAUUGAGACAAACCUGGAUCGCAUUGUCGCCGGAGUAAAGUCACAAGGCACAGUCGCAAAGAGGCCAGUCAACGAGACUAGGAGCACUGGUCUCGGCGCAGGACUGGGCGGAACCUUUGUCUGGCCUGGACGGUAG